GGCACGCAGUGCGGCGGCAGCUCACACUGACGGAGCUGCACAUCGUCCGUACCUCAAGCGGCCACUCCCCUCCCCCACCCCCACUCCCACCCCACAGGCCGCAGAGCGAAAACAAAGAGCGGGGCGCUGGCGCGCGCCAUGGGCCGCGCUCUCCUCUGAGGCCGAUGCAGCGGCAGAGAUCGCGCCUGAGGCUAACGGACCGGACUGACUCGUAAACACUCACCACCGCAUCCAUCACCCCCCGCCCCCCACACCGGAGGAGGAGGCGGCGGCGGGCGGCCAUGGAAUUCCAGCAGUUCGUCGACAUCGCGGACAAGUGGUGCUACAACACCCCGUUCGAGCUGAUCGCCACCGAGGAGGCCGAGAGCCGGCUGGAUUUCUACGCGGAUCCCGGUGUUUCCUUCUAUGUGCUGUGCCCGGACAGCGAUUUCAGGGAUAAUUUCCAUGUAUGGAGUGAAAGUGAAGACUGCCUACCAUUCCUACAAUUGGUACAAGAAUACAUCUUAUCCUGUGGAAAGAAGACUCUCUCUGAAGUACUGGAAAAAGUGUUUAAAUCAUUUAAACCUUUGCUGGGACUUCCUGAUGUAGAUGAUGAUGCGUUUGAAGAUUACAAUGCUGAUGUUGAAGAGGAGGAGCCCGAAGCAGACAGUCAGCAUAUGAGUGUCAGUCAGCAGUAAACGUGCAGAGAAAAGUCGGAUUGUGUGAAAUUUUUAUUUUAUUGAUGGAUUGCCCAUAUUCACUGUUCCCUUCCAACAAUCUGAAUAAUCCUUAUUUGUAUCAAGUUUGAAUCAGCAUUCCUAAACAUUAUCUAGUUUGUUCUGUGUCAUUUAACUGUUCAUCAUUUUGUCAAACUGUAAGGAGGUGUGAAAGUUUAUCAGGCUAUGUACAUAUAUUAAACGUUUUUUUGAGGGGAAAGUCCAUUAAUUGGAUUGGCCUGUUUGAAUAUGUAAGGCUGCAUUAAUUUCAGAUUGUUUAAGUUGGGCUUUUCCUUAAAGUAUGGUUUAAAAAGAAAUUGAUGCAAUCAGAAUUUCAAUUAAAAUGGGUUUUGAGCCAUACUUCAGUGAUGGACCUACGAAAAUAUUUUCAAUUUAUUUUAAGGAUUAUUCACUGGAAAACCUCAUAAUAGGUUGAUCAGUAAAAUCACAUAGAUGUUAGAGCACAAGAACAGGCCGUUCAGCCUAAUUGAUUUCUGCUGAGGUUUUUGCCCUGUACUGGCAUUCUGCCACUCAACUUCAUCUAACCCUGUUUACGUAACCUUCCAUUUAUUUUGGUGUUAUUUCAUUUUCAAAUACCUAAUUUUAUUAAAUAUUUUAAAGAAUAUUGAUUGUGGGUAUUUAACUGAAGUUGUCCAACAAUUUACAACUUUUGUGGUGAGCCUGUAGGGCAAUUGUUUUUAGUGCAGAUUUAACUUUUUAAGUUCUAUCAGGUAGUUUUACAGUGAUUACUUCACUCAAAAUAUCCUUGACGAUACUAAAUGAAAUGCAACACUGAAUUAAAACUGACAUCUGCUUGCAUCAGCUUGUUACAUUGUAAAAUCAGAGGAAUGUGCUGUUGUGUAGAUGCUUGAGGACAUUAAAUACUGUUUUCUGCUACUGCUGUAUGUACUGCAGAUACUGUUUACUGUACUGCAUUAAUUAUUGCUUGGCUUUUAAUGCACUACAGACUGUUGGCUACUUUAUUGAUUACAUCCUAUGCAUCUUAGACAAAACAUUUCCAGCUAUAACAUUCCCAGUUGUAGAUCAGGAAAGCACAGACUUUAGCUCUCUGUUAGUGUGCAUUACUAGAAGGAGCUGUAAACUUGCUUUUAGUGGGGGAGUGUGAGGGUGGAAUUAGUCAUGUGCAUCUGAAAGAAUUUUUAAAAUGUAAUACUCAUUGAAUAAUGGGUUGGUUAUUCAAAAUGUUGUAAGUGGUAAUUUGUACUGUACCUGGCCUGUGGAUCUCUCUUGUAUUAUAUCUGUGUGUAUACUGUAAAAUAGAAUGCCUUGUGUAAUCAUAGGACAUUUGAGGUUGCAUAAAAUCUUAGUGUUUUAAAAUGCCUUCUACUGAGCUGCUAAUUUGGAGCAGGUUUGAACAUUGCUUGCAGUUGGAGAGUCUGUUCCUUUAUUGACUUUGGUAAGUUAAGGCCAUAGACAAGAGUGUGAAUGUAAAUAUUCUAUUCUACAGUAUAUAUACUGUACAGAUAAUCAAAGUAAAAGCUUGGUCUGUACUUUGUGUGAACAGUAUCCAGUGUUUUAAUAUGUUACGUGAGUGUCUAAUUUUGUUGAUCCUGAAGGAGGGAAGAAGCAUCCUGUGAACAGCCAUCAAAUUGCCUUUCUUUUGAAUGCAUGGCUGGUUGACACAGGAGGUAUUAUUUUAAGUUUGGUAGUUUAUAAAAAUAACUUUAUUGUUGAUGCAAUGCUUUGUUACAACCUACAGCACUUCAUUUAUAGAUACCUCAAUGCUUUUGUUGACCUAGCAGUCUGGAUUUAGAAAUGGGUUUAAAAACAAAUUGCACAGGCAGAAUUCUCCAGCAUUAACUCGCCUCAUUUUUUUAAAACUAGAUUUAAUAAAAGAUAAAAGUGUUACAGAACUUGGUUCUCUCUCCUUUUGGAUUGAUUUAAGAGCAUUACUUUUGUGCAUUUAGACUGAAUGUGUAAAGCAAAUGUGUUUAUUUGUUUUUAAUAGUUAUGAAAGGGAUUUUGGAUAGGUGAACAAAAGGAUAUUGUACUUUAAUAUGCUUAACACUAAACAAGCUGGAAAUAAAUUAUUCAAACAUUGCUAUCGAUGUUCCCUUAAUAUAUAAACUUUUCAAUCAAAGGUGUCUUCUCAAGUGAGCAGCCGCAAAACAGUGACGAGCACAGACCAUCUCUUUUGAUUUUGAGCUGAAUAAAUCUUUGACAUAAUGAACUGACAACCCAAAAUACUGUUAUAGAAACAAUUGAGUGGAACAAACGCACAUUAAAGUCAUGUUCUUUGCCUAGUCCAUCUAACUAGCUGUUCUACUCAAUACAGGUACAUUGAGCAUAAGAGAAUGACCACAACCAUGCACGUUGCCUUUUCUCACUCUGUGUAGUCAUCUUUUCGGAGUUUCUAGAACCAUAUUCCAUGUCUGUAUUCUGUCUAACCCUAUUCGAUUCCUACUUGGGUAUCAUGUUUAUACAUAAACUUAUACAACAAAAUAAAUUAAUAUUUGUGCCAA